AUGAAGUUUGGGCGCAAUUUGCCACAGUUCACCGUCCCCGAGUGGAGCGCCUCCUACAUCAAAUACAAGGCGUUGAAGAAGCUCAUCAAGUCGGCGGCUGAAGAAAUAAAGGGAGGACAGGAGCUGGACCUGGCGGGCUUUUUCUAUUCUCUCGACCGAAAUGUCGAGGAUGUCGAUUAUUUCUACAACAAGAAGUACGCAGAAUACGUGCGUCGCCUGAAGCUCCUCGAGGACCGCUACGGUUACUCGAUGGAAGGUCGCCACCGCCUCGAGCCCGAGGACCGUCAUGACCUGCGAGAGGCUCUGCUGGAUCUGCGCUACCACCUCCGUCGCUUGCAGUGGUACGGAGAGGUCAAUCGGCGUGGGUUUGUCAAGAUCACAAAGAAAUUGGACAAGAAGGUCGGUGCCCAGUCCCAGAAACGCUACCUGGAAACCAAGGUCGAUCCGGCUCCGUUCGCAUCCAAUGCGCGCGUGAACAAGGCGCAGGAACGGAUCAAUUCGUGGAUGGCCAUCAUCGCCGACCAGAGCAAGGCCGACGAGAAAUUGGCCGACGACUCCAGCUCCACGCACUCCUCCCUGUCGCUCAAGCGCGGACCCUCCCGACCUUAUCUCAACCUGCCCCCAAGUGUCCUGACGGCUGUGGACGAAGCUCUCCGCAAGGAUGACACCCACGUCUUUCUCGAGCUACUGGAGACGCUCAAGGCUGCUGCGGAUGAGGUUGGUGAUGCAUUCUACCCCAAAGUGGUGAAAACCCUCAUUCAAAGGAGCAUCCUGCACCGCGCGCGGGCCGCUCUGUCUCUGCUUUUGGAGCGCGUCGACACGCUCGAGGAAGAUGACGAGAUUAACCGUCGUAACUGCCUUCAUCGUCUGGUCAUCUCUAUUGGCCGUGAACAGUCAACCAAUGACUCCGAACCACAGGCGUCCAUGGUGCUGGAUUUCCCCCCGGAGACUACGCGCUACAUUACGCCGGCAGCACCACCCACCUUGCAACCACCGCGCUCCGUGGUCAAGGAGAUCCACAUGCCUCAGCAGCUGGGCCGGGAUGACCCGACUGUGUCCUAUCUGCAGUAUCUGUUGGAUGAGCUGCGUCCGCACCAGCGGGCGGCCCUCAUAGCCAAAGAUCUUUCGGGGCGCACCCCACUGCAUUACGCAGCGCAGUAUGGCUUCAAGGUUGUGUGCGAGGUGAUCAUUGAACACUUGAAAGAGUGGGGCAUGUUCGAUGUCAGCGAAGGGAUCGAUGGUCCUCUAUGGCAGGACAAUGAUGGUUGGGCGCCCCUACACCUGAGUGUGGUGGGCGGCCAUCCGAAGACCACCGGCUACCUUUUGGAUGCCGAGAACUGGAAAGACCCUACGCAGGACAAUGGUCAUAUUCGCAAGCAAGUCUCUAAAUCGAAUGCGGUGCUAGCCCUGGCUACAAAGGCCAACUUUGUGGAUAUUGUCCAUCUCCUGGUCAAUGCCGGAGUCGAUAUCAACUAUCAAGAUGAGCAAGGCGAGACGGCAUUGCAUUUUGCCGCUCGCUUUGGACAUGAUGAGUGCGCGCGGAUCCUGCUGGAGGGCACGGAACACCAGAAGGCGGAUACGGAACUGGCGGAGAAUACUUACUCGUGGACACCGCUUUUCAUUGCUUGUGUGGAUGGGUCCUUGAAAGUGGCCGAAUUGCUAGUCGCUGCUGGUGCAGAUUUGGAUCGUUUCGAUGCCUCCGGUUGGACGCCCAAAGAGCAUGCCGCGCUGCGAGGACAUCUAGCCAUUGCACGUUGUCUGGCAGAAGUCAGCCCCGGUGCCCCUAUCCCCGAGCCCGAGUCUACGACAUCCUCCUCUUCUGCAAAUCGCACGCCAUCCCCUGCGGGCUCCUCUCCGCCUGGCUCGUCUCUGACUGAGCGCCGUUCAAACGUCCCCGGACCGACCUCCGGGAGUUCUGGGUUACGCAGUACUGAACCUAUCAAAACUUUUGGACACCGGUAUCUCACCGAUGAGACCAUGAUUCUGGUGAGCCUGGGCACAAUGGACAUGCGCAAGCCGCUGGUGACAGUAAAUCUCGACCGGAUUCCAAUGGAGAAUGCCCAUGCCACGCAGCUGGACACGGCGCUUUCCAUGGUCAUUACCGCCAGCGGUGCCCACGGCGAGCCGGAAGUGAUUGAUUUGCCCGUUCAGGAUAAUAUCUCGACUGAGCCAAUUGUCUUCCACACGACCGACGCGAGCAAGGUUCGCCUUCUUUUCGACCUGGUCCCGACUUAUUCCGGUUCAAAGGACCAGGUUGUUGGCCGAGGCGUCGCGCUGCUUUCCAGCAUCAGACCGACCGUCGGGUCCCAGCGCAUCAACCUCAAGGGUGAUUCCACUGUGCCCAUCAUCGCCGCGAACACCCUCGACGUCAUUGGAUCUGUGACGUUCAACUUUCUCGUCAUCACCCCUUUCACACAUCCCAACAUGUCCAUCACGGGAAACCAGACCUACUGGCGGACGUUGAGCUCGACAAUGGUGAUCGGUCAUCGCGGUCUGGGUAAGAACAUGGCAGGUCGUAAUUCACUGCAACUGGGCGAAAACACCAUACAGUCGUUCAUCGCAGCGGCGAACCUGGGCGCCUCAUAUGUCGAGUUCGACGUCCAGCUCACCAAGGAUCACGUCCCUGUCAUUUACCAUGACUUCCUGGUCAGCGAGACAGGAACAGAUGCACCCGUGCAUACCUUGACCCUAGAACAGUUCCUGGAGCUGGGCAAAGGUCGACGCCGCUAUGUCCUCCCCGACAGCGUCGACAUCCAUCGCUCGGGUACAAGCCCUCGGCCGCGGUCCAUGUCGGUGGGCGGCUUCGAGUACGACCCAGCCGAGCUGACCGAGAAGAUCAAGUACACGCGCGACUUUAAGAAGAAAGGAUUCAAGGGCAACACUCGUGGCGAGCACAUCCAAGCCCCUUUCGCCACCUUGGAGGAAUUGUUCAAGAAAAUCCCCAAAUCCGUUGGGUUUAACAUCGAACUGAAGUACCCCAUGCUCCACGAGAGCGAGGAGGAAGAAAUGGACACUUACGCCGUGGAACUCAACUCCUUUGUGGACACCGUCUUGACCAAGGUCUAUGAUCUCGGCGGCGGCCGAGAUGUGCUGUUCUCCAGCUUCAACCCAGACAUCUGUCUCCUGUGUGCUUUCAAGCAGCCCUCCAUCCCGGUGCUGUUUCUGACCGAUGCUGGCGCCUCGCCUGUUGGUGAUAUCCGCGCUAGCAGUCUGCAGGAAGCCAUUCGGUUCGCGUCGCGAUGGAACCUGCUCGGUAUUGUCUCGCAGGCUGAGCCGCUCGUGCUCGCUCCGCGCCUUGUUCGCAUCGUCAAGGAGUCCGGACUUGUCUGUGUCUCGUACGGUGUCUUGAACAACGAUGCCGUCAACGUUGACGUAAGUUCAUUCCUCUCAUUCCUCACUCUUUCACCAUCUGACUUUCCCUCUCCUCUGCAGUACCAAGUCGCCCAGGGUAUCGACGCCGUGAUCGUCGACUCCGUUCUGGGUAUAACCAACGGCCUGAUCCAGCGCCAGAACCGCGGCGAGCGCACCCCAGGCCCAUCGCCCAAUCCCCACCCCAUCAGCGAUCGCGCUGCCAGCUCCCUCGCCGACGCGAUGAAGGAGACGUCCCUGAACCAGGCAGACAAGAAAAGUCUCCUUCGUACAGACGCGGAGCCACCUGCUGUUGUCUAG